AUGGGGAAUGCUGACCGAAAUGAGAGUGAUGUCAUCUUCAUCCUUUUGGGAUUCUCUGAUUACCCAGAGCUCCAGAUCCCUUUAUUCUUCAUAUUCCUGGUGACCUAUAUGAUUACUGUAGUAGGAAACUUGGGCAUGAUUGUGAUCAUCAGGAUUAACCCCAAACUUCAUACCCCCAUGUACCUAUUCCUUAGUCAUUUGUCUUUUUUAGACUUCUGUUACGCUACUGUAGUUACACCCAAAUUGUUACAAAUCUUGCUUGUGGAAGACAGAAGCAUUUCCUUUGCUCCCUGCAUUACCCAAUAUUCUUUUGCUGCCAUCUUUGUGGUUACAGAGGCAUUCUUACUAGCAGUGAUGGCCUACGACCGCUUUGUGGCAAUUUGUAAUCCCUUGCUAUAUGUAGUUGUCAUGUCCCAGAAACGCUGUGCCCUAUUGCUGACAGCAGUAUAUACAUGGGGCAUAAUUUCUUCUAAUGUAUUCACCUACUCUCUCCUUAUAUUGUCAUUUUCUGGGAUCAACAUCAUUAAUAAUUUUCUCUGUGAGUAUUCUGCUAUCCUUUCUGCCUCCAUCUCUGAUAAGCAUGUUACAGAGACAAUCUUGUUUAUCCUUGCUAAUUUUAACACAUUUUUCACCCUCAUUAUUGUACUUACAUCUUAUCUUUUUAUUUUUGUUACUGUCCUGAAGAUGCAUUCAGUUAGUGGUAGAUAUAAAGCCUUCUCUACUUGUGGCUCCCACCUGACAGGUGUUACCAUCUUCUUUGGAAUCAUCUUCUUCCUCUACUGUGUGCCCAGUUCCAAAAGCUCAUGGCUUCUAGUAAGAAUAAACACUGUGUUAUAUACAAUUGUAAUCCCCAUGCUGAACCCCUUAAUAUACAGUUUGAGGAAUAAAGAUGUGAAACAAACAAUCAGGAAAUUAAUAGAAGUGCCAGCUAGAUGGGGCAGUGGCUAG